CCAUCACUACAGUUUUCUGUUUAAAAUAAAACAGUAGAAAAACUGAAUUCUAGUUAUUAUACUGAGAGACACCAUAUCUAUCUUCAUCUUAUGCUGUAAAGGUGUCUCUGCGAUGGCAACAAGUUAGCGAGAGGCUGAAUGAGCUGGCCAUUUUUAAUGAGAAGAACAAGGAGCUCUUUGAGUGGCUGACACAAAUGGAAAGCAAUGUCUCCCAAAAUGGUGACAUUAGCAUUGAGGAAAUGAUUAAGAAACUCAAAAAGGAUUAUCAGGAGGAAAUUGCUGUAGCUCAUGAAAAUAAAAUGCAGCUUCAGCAAAUGGGAGAACAUCUUGCCAAGGCCAGCCAUGAAAGCAAAGCUUCAGAGAUUGAGUACAAGCUCAGCAAGGUGAAUGACAGAUGGCAGCAUCUAUUGGAUCUCAUUGGAGAAAGAGUGAAGAAACUAAAGGAGACCUUGGUUGCUGUGCAACAGCUGGAUAAGAACAUGAGCAGCCUGAGAUCAUGGUUGGGGCAUAUUGAGUCUGAAUUGUCCAAGCCCAUCGUCUAUGAAACCAGUGAUUCUGAAGAAAUACAAAGGAAACUUAAUGAACAGCAGGAACUGCAGAGAGACAUAGAAAAGCAUAAUAGUGGAGUUGCAUCUGUCCUCAACCUGUGUGAAGUUCUCCUACAUGACUGCGAUGUAUGUGCCACCGACACCGAAUGUGACUCUAUUCAGCAGGCUAUAAGGAUCCUGGACAGUCGAUGGCGGAAUAUUUGUACAAUGUCUAUGGAAAGGAGAUUAAAAAUUGAAGAAACAUGGAGGCUCUGGCAGAAGUUUCUGGACGACUUCUCACGGUUUGAAGACUGGCUUAGGAUUUCCGAAAGGACAGCUGCCUUCCCCAGUUCUUCUGGUGUUCUCUACACAGUGGCAAAGGAGGAGUUAAAAAAAUUUGAGGCCUUUCAAAGACAGGUGCAUGAAAGCCUGACUCAGUUGGAGCUUAUUAAUAAACAGUACCGGAGACUUGCACGGGAGAAUCGCACUGACUCUGCCUGUAAGCUCAAGCAGAUGGUCAAUGAAGGGAACCAGCGCUGGGAUAACUUACAAAGAAGAGUCACAUCUAUUCUUCGAAGGCUCAAGCAUUUUAUUGGCCAGCGUGAAGAAUUUGAGACUGCUCGAGAUAGUUUCCUGGUAUGGCUUACAGAGAUGGAUCUUCAGUUAACAAACAUUGAACAUUUUUCAGAAUGUGAUGUAGAAGAAAAAAUAAAACAGCUUAAGGCAUUUCAGCAGGAGAUCUCCUUAAACAAUAGCAAGAUUGAUCAAAUUAUAGCCCAUGGUGAGCAUCUUAUUGAGAAGAGUGAGCCACUGGAUGCAGCAGUCAUUGAAGAAGAACUGGAUGAGCUCAGGAGAUAUUGUUUGGAGGUCUUUGGUUGUGUUGAGCGUUAUCACAAAAAGCUCAUCCGCCUUCUGCUUACUGAUGAUGAGCAUGACUUUUCUGAUCGAGAGAUGGAUAUGGAUGACAUAGCUGAUCUGACCGAUAUCCCCUGGCACAUAAAGACUUCGGGUGGCACACUUUCGCCACUGCCCUCCUCUAGCCCUUCAUUGUCACUGGUUGUGCCCAUGAGAAGUGAAAGAUCAGGGCGUGACACACCUGCAAGUGUGGACUCAAUCCCACUGGAAUGGGACCAUGACUACGAUCUAAGUCGUGACCUGGAGACUGCUGUUUCUCAGGCACUUUGCACAGAUGAAGAGGAACAGCAAGAUAAUAAUUACUUCCAUCAAGGAGCAGCUGGUAUCACUGGGGAGUUAGGUUUAGAAACACAGAUUCGCCAGCUAGACAAAGCACUGGAACUCAGUCGCUUCUAUUUGCAACAAACAGAGAAUGUUAUUCGCAGCAGGACUCCCACUGGCCCUGAGCUAGAGUUAAGAUAUAUGGGUUAUAUGAAACUUCUUGGAGAAUGUCAGGAAAAUAUAGACACUGUGAGGAGAGUAAGCGAGAAGCUGAAAGAAGAGGAAGAGAAGCUUUCUGGAUUUAUUAACUUGAACAGUACAGAGACACAAUCAUCGGGUGUUAUUGAACGCUGGGAGUUAAUUCAAACCCAGGCUCUAAACAAAGAGCUCAGAAUGAAACAGAAACUCCAGCAGUGGCAACAGUUUAUCUCUGACCUCAAUAAUGUAUGGGAUUGCCUGGCAGAUACUGAGGAGGAAUUGGAACAACUUAAUCAGUUACAUGUCAGCACUGACAUCCAGGCCAUAGAACAGAGAAUCAAAAAGCUGAAGCAAAUGAAGCGUGAGUUGCUAGAGUCUCAGCUGAAGGUGGCAUCACUGCAAGACAUGUCCUGUCAGCUUCUGGUGAAUGCAGAGGGUAAGGAUUGCCUUGAAGCCAAAGAGAAGGUGCAUGUCAUUGGUAACCACCUCAAGGUCCUCUUAAAAGAAGUAACUCGUCACAUCAAAGAUAUAAAGAAAAUAUCAGCUGUCUCAAGCAAUCAGUUGGAAUUGACCUCAUGGUCUUCAGCAGAUGAAUUGGACACUUCUGGAUCCCUUAGUCCAGUCUCUGGAAGAAGCACUUCUAGCAGAGAGCGAACGCGACGGGGCAAAUAUAGUGUCUCACAUCCUGGACCCUCUGUCAACAACCCACCUAGCAGUUUAUCUAUCAGAUCCAAAGAAGAUGGCUCAAGUUCCUACUAUUCUGAGGCCAACGUGGCUCAACGACACCAGCCCUUUCUCCUACGGGUGUUUCGAGCUGCUCUGUUACUUCAGCUUCUCCUACUGUUGUUAAUUGGGCUUGCCUGCCUGGUGCCAAUGACAGUAGAAGAUUACAGCUGCACUCUCUCAAACAAUUUUGCACAUUCUUUUCACCCAAUGCUCCAUUAUACCAACGGACCACCUCCUAUAUGACAUUUUUCCUUAAUACGGACACUGAAAACACUCAGAAACAGUUAGGGGCAAAUUUAUCAAAGGUCGAGGUGAAUUUUCUUAUGAAAAAAAAUAGAAUUUCGAGCUAUUU